AUGCCUCCCAUCCCCACAAAUGACCCUCUGGUGUAUCAACCAAAGAUUUCUCUCUACGAAGGCAGUACUCAAUUCAGGAACUGGCGAUACUCUGCUGAUCAGCUGAAGCAUAUCCGCCGAACACUCAAUGAAGCAGCGGUGGCUGCCAUCCGCAAGACCUUUGAAACCGAUGAGCCAGGAUCGUCGACGGGUGUAGCCUUUUUAAAUGCCGACGAAGAACUGUUACUCGUUAAACUGUACAUCACCAAAAUCACACAGCUCUGCGGGCAUUUCAGGUUUCCAGAAGAGGUGGAAGCAACGGCUAUCACCUACUUAAAGCGAUUCUAUCUCAAGAAUACGGUGAUGGAUUGGCAUCCAAAGAAUGUCAUGUUAACCGCCUUGUUUCUCGCGACAAAAACCACCAACAACCCGAUCUCGCUCGAAGCCUAUACGACACAUAUUCCUAAGACAGCGCCCAACGACGUCCUCGACCUUGAAUUCCUUGUCGCUCAAAGCUUGGGAUUCGAAUUCGCAGUCUGGCACGCUUACAGGGCUCUUUGGGGCAUCUGGCUUGAUGUUCAAAACCUUCCCGGGGUUACUGAGAAGCUGGAGACGAGUCUUUACGACGUAGCGCUUAAUCAUGUUCGCGCGUCUCGAUUGACCGACGUGGAACUGAUUUAUUCACCUUCACAAAUCGCUCUCUCGGCGUUUUCCCUGGUCUUCCCUGACAUUGCGUCUCAGUGGAUGGCCUUAAAAUCUCCAGACGAAAUCUCAUCACUAUCCACUAUUGUUGAUGAUAUCAAAUCAAUUAUCACCACGCAUGGCCAUCCACCAAGCGUCGAAUCCGUGCGCGAGGUGGACAGACGGCUCAGGCUGUGCAAAAACCCUGAGAAGGUCAUUGGGAGCAAAGCAUACCUUGCACGAAAGAUGGAUGCCGAAAGAUCAGCAGCAGAAAAACGCAAUAAAAAGGCGACAGAUGUCCAGAAGGCGAUGGAAGACGGAGAUCCUUUUGGCAACGAGCUGGCGGAAAAGCGAGGCUUAGCUGGCUUAGUGGAUUACGACGAUGACGACGAUGACUGA